AUUGCGUGCACUUGUCCUUCGUUACUCACUAUAAAGUCCCGAGUUAGCAUAGAAUUGGUAUCAUUUGGCUCAGCAGCUCAGUGACAAGAAAACAACAAAAUGUUCAAACUUUUCAUCUUCGCCUGCUUCCUCGCUCUAGCCGCGGCCGAGCCCAAGCCCGGCGUCUUCGUCGGAGGCUACGCAGCGCCCAUAGCCGCCGCGUACACCGCGCCGGUGGCUGCUGCGUACACCGCGCCCGUCGCCUACUCUGCCUACAGCGCGCCUUUGGCUGCCUACUCCGCCUACACCUACGCAUCUCCCUACUCUUACUUCCUCCGUCGUUGAUUUCUUCAAAAAUAUCAAAAUUCUAUUUAACUAUUACAACUGAAUAAAUGGACACUGCUGCAAUAUGAA